CAAAACCAAAAGCCACACCGUUCUGCUCUCUGCCUCUCUCGAUAAAUCCGUCGCCCCCAAAGCCAAGCAACUUGCACUCCAGAGUCCAAGCCGCAGACAGACGUUGUUGCGUUGCGUAUGGCCGCUGCCGAGGCAGAGGCGAGCAGCAGCCGGCGGCGGCGCCGCCGCGCGGAGGAGCUGUGCGCCGCGGCCGUGUCGGUGGCGGACGCGGCCUCGUGGUGUUGCGCGGUGGCGCUGGUGGCGCUCGUGCUGCUGGGCGCGCUCCGCGCGGAGACCGACGGCGACGGGGGCGGGUACCGUCGUCAGUUCCGGGGCCCGCGGCUGGGCGGCGCCGCGGCGCGGCCGUGCGAGGAGGUGUACGUGGUCGGGGAAGGCGAGACGCUGCACAGCAUCAGCGACAAGUGCGGGGACCCCUUCAUCGUGGAGCGGAACCCGCACAUACACGACCCCGACGACGUCUUCCCGGGCCUCGUCAUCGCGCUCUGCCCCACCAAGAACACCUCCUAGCUCUGCUCUUUCUGCCGACGUUUUCGUGGCGCCGCAAGCCCGCGUCGUCUCGAUUCUAUCUAUCUACUGCACGGUCUGCGUGCACACGUCAGAGAUGAACAGGAACUCAAAAGAGUUCCGCGAGUUCUUGCUUGGCUUCUCGAGUUCAAGGUCCUUUUUGUUUAGUUUGCUCCGAACUGAUCCUUGUGAUCUUGACAACCUUCUUGGAGAGGAAAAAAGAUAAGUUGUGUAUACAAUACCUUUUUUUUACAAGAGUAUAAAUACCUUAAGAAAGUAUACUUUCGUAUUCUUCCUUCUGCUUGCUGGGCAGUUUACGCAUUCUCUUUAUGUACGAUGUUUUGUUCGUGCUUAGAUAUUUAUGCAAUGAGCGAGGUUAAUAAGGUA